CAUGACCCCAUCUUGGAAACUCGGAAUGCCGAUCUGAUGCCGCGAGCUAAUGCUGAGGUAUUUUAGCUCACAAAUUCUAACUGCAAUGGCUGGUAAGCCAUAUUUGUAGCAAAGUUUAAGUGUCCGAUGCAAACUAUAAGAAUCUGUCAUCCCGACUUUAGCAGCGCCUUUAUUUAAAACAGUCUUCUACCAUCAAUCAAUUGCAAAUUACGGGAAUAUCGGCAGCUUUUUUCUCUACAAUCAACUAUGUCUAAGCUCAUUACGGUUUUUGGUGCCACUGGUAACCAAGGAGGUUCCGUUAUUAAGCACAUUCUCAAGGAUUCUCAGCUCUCCAAGGAGUACAAGAUUCGUGGUAUUACGCGCGACACCUCCAAGAAGUCCGCUCAGGAUCUUAUCAAGCAAGGUGUUGAAGUUAUGUCGGCCGAUUUGAACUCUGUCGACUCUUUAACCGCUGCUCUGAAGGGGUCCCACACUGUUUUUCUGGUCACUAAUUACUGGGAAACUGCAAACGGCGAUAUUGAAUAUGCCCAAGGCAAGAACGUGACUGAUGUCGCUAAAGAUGUUGGCGUGUCAUACCUCAUCUUUUCAUCACUCCCCCAUGUCACGGACGAAUCUAAGGGGAGAUUAACCCACGUUCCUCACUUUGACAGCAAAGCCAACAUCGAGAGGUAUAUCCGAGCCUCUGGAAUCCCAAGCACCUUUGUGCUUCCAGGUUACUACAUGAGCAACUACACCCAGAUGCUCACCAAGGCCGCCGACGGAUCAUAUCAACUUUUUUACCCCGUCGACGGCAAAAAAACCAAGUUUCCUCUCUUUGACGCCGCUCAAGACACUGGCCUAUUUGUGACAGGGGUCCUCAAACAUGCGGACAAACUGCUGGAAAAGCAAGUCCUGGAGGCUACUGCCUAUUACACCCCCGAAGAGAUUGUUGAUACUUUUUCUAAGAUCACUGGAAAAAAGGCGUCUUUCAUCAAGGUUACUCCUGAGCAAUAUCGUGCGUCGUUGCCGGAAGCUAUCGCUGAAGAAUACUUGGAGAAUCAACUGUUUGUCGAAGAGCCUGGCUACUUCCUUGGACAAAGCCUAGAUGAUAGCCUGAAGCUGUUGGACUCGAAGCCUACUACCUGGGCAGAGUUUGUUGAAAAGAAUGCUGCGUCCUGGGAUUAAAUUUUGCUGCGAAACCGGGAAUGGAAUGGGUUGGAUUGCGGCUUGGGUGUUGUUGGCUGCUUGAUAACAGAUUAAAUAUAUGAAGUGUUGAAAUUGGCUUUGGAAUCUUGAUAAUUGGGUCUAUAAAAGCUAGUCUAUAGCCGAAGACAAUAGUAAGGGCAGAGAUCAACAGAAGUCACAGCACCAUCACUACUAGCCAUCUGCUACCUAAUUAAAUAAGAAAGAUUUCACAUAUACAAG